AUGGAGAGUUUUAAACUCAGACAGCUGCUAUCCAUUGGCCCUCCUCUGGCCAUCUCCCCAGAUAACAAGAUUGUGAGUGUCGAAGAGGAAAGAAGCCAGGUCCACACGCAGACGCAAGUGAUUACACGCAACACGAUUUCCCUCUGUGGCAUCCAUGAGAGUCAGUGUCGCUGCUGGGCCCUCACCCUGGUAUACCAGGCAGCCAGGAAUAAGGGGUGCCUGCUGCUGUCAGCCUGUGCCAGCAACACAGAGACCCAGGCCUUCAGCCCAAGCCGGGCUCUGUGCCUCCAUCGGAAACAUGAACCAGUUUUCCUUGUAAUGGGCUCCAUAUUUUGGCCCAGCAGCCUUAGAUGUCUGGCCAAUAGGAAAGCUAUGUCCUUCCUGCACAAUUUCAGCCCUAAGAAUCUGUGACUCUCCCUCCCUGGAGGCCUAGAGAACAAGAGGAGGGAGGGCUUGAAAUCAAUAAAUGGAUUGCACACCU